UCACUGCGCCAUCUUCCCUCGGGCGCCUUCGGCCGCUGGGCUGGGCUGCUGGAAAGGCAAACGGGACAGGCCAUGGCAGUCGGUGAAGGCAAGUGGAAGGCAUGACACCCUCUUCAGGCAAAGAUAUCAAUGGGCUAGGGAACCCCAGCUUUGCGGGUAAACGUGGGAGUCAUUUGUCACCAGCUCAUGCUGCCUGUGGCCCAGAGGAGGGUGGAGGCACUAGUCCCAGUGGGACCAAGCUUGGCUACUCUGUCACAGAUGUGCCUCCCUGGUAUCUGUGCAUCCUGCUGGGCAUUCAGCACUUCCUGACAGCCAUAGGAGGUCUUGUAGCCGUCCCGCUGAUGCUCUCCAAAGGCCUUUGCCUGCAGCAUGACCUACUGACCCAGAGCCACCUGAUCAGCACCAUCAUCUUUGUCUCAGGAAUUUGCACCCUGCUGCAAGUCGUCUUUGGAGUGAGGCUGCCUAUUAUUCAAGGAGGGACUUUAACAUUCGUGACUCCCAUCUUGGCAAUGCUGUCUCUCCCCAACUGGAAGUGCCCUGCCUGGACAAACAAUGCCACCCUGGUGAAUGCCUCUUCACCAGAAUUCAUCCAAGUCUGGCAGACACGGAUGCGAGAGGUGCAAGGAACUAUCAUUGUAACUUCGUGCUUUCAAAUCUUCGUUGGAUUUUCUGGCCUGAUUGGGUUUCUGAUGAGGUUCAUCGGCCCCCUGACAAUUGCCCCCACCAUCACCUUGGUUGUACUACCUCUGUUUGAGUCAGCUGGAGACAUGGCUGGGCAGCACUGGGGCAUAGCAUUCCUGACUAUUUUUUUCAUAGUUCUGUUCUCUCAGUACUUGAAACACAUUGCUGUGCCGCUUCCAUCUUACCAGAGAGGCAAGAAGUCCCACUUCUCUUCAAUCUACCUCUUCCAGAUCUUCCCGGUGCUGCUGGGGCUCUCCCUGAGCUGGCUGCUCUGCUACGUGCUGACAGUGACCAGCGUCCUCCCUGCGGCCCCCACUGCCUACGGCCACCUGGCCCGGACAGACAGUCGUGGGGACGUUCUGUCACGGGCUCCCUGGUUUCGGCUGCCUUACCCAGGCCAGUGGGGAACGCCAACGGUGAGCCUGGCCGGGAUCUUUGGCAUCCUGGCCGGGGUGAUCUCCUCCAUGCUGGAGUCCGUGGGGGAUUACUACGCCUGUGCCCGCCUGUGCGGGGCCCCGUCGCCGCCGAAGCACGCCAUCAGCCGCGGCAUCGGCAUGGAGGGCAUCGGCUGCCUCCUGGCCGGGGCCUGGGGCACGGGCACCGGCACCACGUCCUACAGCGAGAAUGUGGGCGUCCUGGGCAUCACCAAGGUGGGGAGCCGAAUGGUGAUCAUUGCUGCUGCCUGUGCCAUGCUCCUGAGCGGCAUCUUCGGGAAGGUUGGGGCCGUGCUGGCCAGCAUUCCCAUCCCUGUGAUCGGAGGCAUGUUCCUUGUGAUGUUCGGAGUGAUCGCGGCAGUGGGCGUUUCCAGUUUGCAGUAUACAGACAUGAACUCCUCAAGAAACAUCUUUAUCUUUGGAUUUUCUCUAUUUGCUGGCCUCACAAUUCCCAACUGGGCAAGCAAAAAUAGUGCUCUGCUGGAAACAGGAAUCAUCCAGCUUGACCAAGUGAUCCUGGUGCUUCUCACCACUGGCAUGUUUGUGGGUGGACUUCUGGGAUUUAUUCUGGAUAACACCAUUCCAGGAACACAGGAGGAGCGGGGGCUCCUGGCAUGGAAGGAAAGCCACAAGGGAGGGAUGGAGAGCUCUCAGCUCAUUUCCAAGGUCUAUGAUCUUCCUUUUGGCAUAGGCACCAGAUACUGCAAUGUCUCUUGGUUUCGCUACCUCCCUGCUUGCCCCACAAAACUGUCUUGUGACAAGAGAAUGGAUGAACUGAAGGCUGCUAGGCACAACACCAGUGUUGAACCAAGCUUAGAAAGAAACUCUGAGAUUGGUGCUGAUCCACCAAUCACCACCAAUUGGUGCUGAUCCAAGGAUAUAAGCACCUCACCUGCAAGUGAGCUCAUCUUAGAAAUAGAGAUCUGAAAGUAUGUCUGCAGCCCUGUCAUCUGAGCAUGAGCUGGCAGCUGUUAGAGGGGGAAGCAGGAAAAGGAUGAUGUCUUCCUCUUCCCAGCUCUGCUGACUGCACCACUGAUGGCUUUGAGGAAGUAAUUUUUUCCUUCUCUCUUCCUGCCUGCUCACUUCUAGGAAGACCUUGAUCCCUCUUUGGGGAACACCAAAGCCUAAGAAAUGCCUAGGAAAGAUUUUCUGUUUCCUUCUUGCACUGACCCUUGGGCACCCUGAGGGGCAGCUGUCUGAUCUGGCACCUGAAGGAGCUUCCCUGACAUGGGCCCUGCACCGCUCUCAGGCAUCCCUUGGGUGGGGGUUAAUCCCCAGCACCUUAAAGCAACACCCACCUCUCACCUUGUGUUGUAUACCUCAUCCUGGCCAAGGGGAAGGAGCAGGUGCCUCAUUCCAAAUUCUCAUCAUUUAGCCAAUCAAAUGAAUAUUGGUGUAAGAGAGGCAUCUAAAGUUAAUGGGAUGGAUUGUCUGCUGAACCUGUCUCUUCUGCCUCAGACCACAGAGGGACUCUAGAGACCUUAGUUAGGUUCCUGACCUAACAGAAAAAAACAGCCUUACAGAAAUGUAUCCCACCUUUGGAGUGUUGGGAAUAGUCUCAGGAGAACCAAGUUGGCCACCCAACCCCACAAAGAUGAAGGAAUCCUCAUCAAAUAUAAUGGAGAAAACACUUCUGCUCACAAUCUUACACAUCCCUAUGCUGCUGCUGUGUCCUGUGUACCUUUGCUGUACCUGUUUGGUCUAGUGUGGUGACUGUGUGGUGAUAAGCACUUCUCUGGAAAACAGGUUAUUGCUCCUAUUCCCUAUUAGCUUCAACCUGUAGGGCCACAUGCAAUGUGAUCACAUGUGGUCCUGCGAUUCCUGGUGCUGUGUAAUAAAAUUGUUGCUGUAGCAUAA